ACUUCAGUUUCAUAGAGUGUGGCGAUGUGAACGUUAUUUCUACAGAAAUACUGAUCGAAAUGACAUCAGAAAGGGAUGCUAAAGGUUUCAUCCGACAAGUUUUAACAAACCCCAGCACAUCCAGAACAUCUACAAGUACUUCUCCCAAGAAGAAGAUUGCGUUCGACUUCUCAAGGGAAGAGAACACUAAUGUCAAACACGGAAAAUAUGGUACCUUCAAGGAGAGACAAAACUUAGCGAUUGAUGAAAAGUUCGAGUACAAAAGGGAUGGAAAUGAACCCGGACUCGUGAUAAUUUUUAAUCAUGAAAAUUUUGAAUCUCCAGACCUCAAACCCAGAAGAGGUAGUAGGAGAGAUGUCAACGAGAUUAUAACAUGUAAACAGAGGCAAGGAAUCAAUAUAUCAGAAGAUAAUAUUUUAACUGACGCAACUACAAAAGAAAUAUCUGAUAAACUGAAACAAGUUGCAGAUAUGGAUCUCAAAGAAUACAACUUCCUAAUAGUCUAUUUCUUGACUCAUGGAGAUUAUUUCAACAAACUACACACCAAGGAUGGAACUGUUAAGGCUCAUGACAUCUGGGAACAUUUCAGAAAAUGUAGAUCACUGGAAAAUAAACCGAAGAUGUUCGUGUUCCAGGCAUGCAAGGGUGACAAGUUCACUACAACGGGAACAUCUUCUGAAGGUAUAGAAACUCCCAAUAUUGUGCCAUAUUCAGCAUUCAAAACCGAACACUUAGCACCUGAUAUGCUAGUGGUAUAUUCAACCCUUGAAGGUAGAUUUUCAUACAGAAAUCCACUCACUGGAUCAUGGUUCAUACAAGAGUUAUGUAAAAAUAUCAAUACUUAUGGAAAACGUGACGACGUCAUCAGCCUACUGACGAGAACUGCCAAAUGCGUGAGUGGAAACUAUUAUCAUGAAGGGCAUCUUCCCUAUGAGAAGCAGAUGCCGAUAUUUAUAUCUACACUUUCGAAAAAGUUUUACUUGAAUAGAAACAAAGACAGGGACCAUUUGCUCAAAACCGUUGAGAAUUAUCAGAAGACAGUUGAAGAGUUGGAAAUGAUUAAACACAACUUAAAAACUUUACUGAGAGAUAAAUGAGAUGAUCAUUUAUUUGCAGAUCACAAACAUCUGAGUUGAUUCACUGAAACUAUGAAAUAUUGAAUAAUCAAUGAUAAAUAGCAAGCAUGUGUCCAAAUUAACUACAAAUAAAUUUUAUUUUCUUAUU